CACAACUGCCGGGAAUGAGUGGCGCGGUGGUACCAGAGUGUUGUUCGGUUGUGGGAGUUAGCAUGGAGUGUUUGUAUUUGCUCCUCACGUUUGUACUGUCUCUUCCCUCCUCGUAUUCUCAGGGGAACUGGAUAGUCAACGAGAAACGAACAAACGCACCUGCCAGGGGUCUCGGAGCGAAGGAACACUUUCAGAUUGUUACGCAGCACAAUCGGCUACGGAGUCGAGUCAACCCUAUGGCAGCAAACAUGCAGAAAAUGGAGUGGAGUGAAAAGCUGGCACUGCUUGCCCAGGAGAGAGUGGCAUCCUGUUCCACAGACCCCACCUUACAGGAGCCACACUCUGACCACGUUGGCUGGAACACCCAUCACUCAAGCCUGGGGGCCACAUCAUUUGCAGAGGUCAUUGAUACCUGGUUCCAGGAAGGGCGGCGCUACAGCUACCUGAGUGGCCAAUGUGAAGAGAACAGCACCUGCCAGCACUAUACACAGCUAGUAUGGGCGACAUCCAGCCGUGUGGGUUGUGCACAGCAAGUAUGUCAAACAGGAACUGUUCAGUGGGAGUUUUAUGCCUGUGCAUACUCCCCUGGGGGGAACUGGGAGGUGAAUGGCCGGAUGGUGGUGCCCUACAAGGCCGGGGCCUACUGCUCUCUUUGUACCUCGGACAUGUCUGGCUGCUUCCGGCUCUGGGACCAUGUGGGAGGCCUGUGUGAGACCCCUCGGAACCCUUGUCGGAUGAGCUGCGGACAGAAUGGACACCUGAAUGUCUCCUCCUGUCAGUGCCGCUGUACUCCUGGGUUCACUGGGCGCUUCUGCCAGGUGCGCUGCAGUGUCCAAUGCGUGCAUGGGCGGUACAAGGAGGAGGAAUGUUCCUGCCUGUGUGACGUGGGCUACGGAGGAGCUGAGUGCGCAGAGAAGUUGCAGUUCCCCUUCCACAGCUGCGAUGUGCGGAUCGACGGGGAGUGCUUCAUGGUGUCUCCAGAAGCUGACACCUACUAUGGAGCCAAGGCACGCUGUCAGGAGAAAGGAGGGAUCCUGGCUCAGAUACACAACCAGAAGGUCCAGGAUAUCCUGGCUUUCUACCUCAGCCGGCUGGAGACCACCAAUGAGGUCACAGACCCAGACUUUGAAACACGCAAUUUCUGGAUAGGUCUGACCUAUAAAACAUCAAAAGACUCGUUUCGUUGGGACUCUGGAGAGACCCCCGCUUUCACCAGCUUUGCCUUUGGACAGCCGGAUAACCAGGGCUUUGGGAACUGUGUGGAGCUGCAGGCAGUCAGUGCCUUCAACUGGAAUGACCAGCGCUGUAAAACACGCAACAGAUACAUUUGCCAGUUUGCUCCAGAGCACAUAGCCCUCUGGGACGAUGGUCGAUGAAGGAGCAGCUAUCUGCAUUUGAAGAACACAGUUCCAGGGGAGCAGAGUGGAGAAAUGUGUUGGCUGCUCUCUAUAGUUCUUAGUUUGAGUCAAUGUAGUGACUGGUCUUUUAUUGGGGGUGUGCAGAAUGCUGAAUCCCAGGGGACCAUCUCCUGGCCAGUAACAUGGCCUGCACUCAGUGUGACAGCCCUGUUCAUAUGUCCUGUUCCCAAUGAUGUCUUCAAACCCCCAGUCACUGAUAGACCAUCACACCCUGCCAUCUAUUCCCAGUCACGUCUGAGUUAGUGCUGUUGUCUCCUCCGUGGUUUAGCCAAAGACACAGCCCUCCUUUCCCUCUCUAGAAGUUCCCUGGCACGGCAAUGAAAACCAGUACUUCCCUCACAGCUCCCCAGCAUGCCACUCCGCUGCCAAGUAGUGAGAUGCACAGCUUUAGUUAAGUAUUGCUACACACUUCAGGGAGUUUCCCAGACUUUACGGACACAAAGCCACUCUGCAGUAUGCCUUCUACCAGCCUGCACGGCUGCAUCCUCCCUCACAGAGAUUCAGAUGCCCCGUUGCUCUACAGCCCCUUCACUCCUCUACAGCAGCUCAGCAGUCGGCAACACUGAACCUUUAGUCUUUGGCACAUACAUAUUAAUAAAGCAGAUAAACACAUUGCUGUGAAAUGGCAGCACUAAUCCAGACCUGCUGGAGUGAGCUGCCUCACACCCACUGGGGAAUAGCGGGCUCGGGGAGUGGGGAGCCAGCCUGCAGCCUUUCAGAGGUCUGGGAUGAGAGAUAUCCCUGGCACCCCUCACCCACCUGGCAGCUCAGCCUGUCCCCUCUCUCUGUAUGCCGCUCUCCAGGGGUCAAAUUAUAUUAGUCCUGGCCCAUCCAAAACCAUGUCCUGUCCAGUUACAAUCAUGUCCUUCCCCAAGGACAUGGAGAUGCAGAUAUUGAUAAAUAUGA